AGAGAGUGGUAUCGCCCUACCACUCGAUACGGCAGCAGGCCAGCACAGGCAGAAGAUACUCAACAACUAAUAAACACUAGUUAGCCGUAUUAUAAAGUAUAAGAAAUCCAGCCGGGUUUAUAAUCUAAAGCGAAUUUGUAUGCUUGCGAUUAGGGCAACCGCGUGACCACGAUGUCAACCCCGGCCAGACGACGACUCAUGAGAGAUUUUAAACGGCUGCAAGAAGACCCCCCAGCCGGGGUGAGUGGAGCUCCGUCCGAGAAUAAUAUUAUGGUCUGGAAUGCUGUCAUAUUUGGACCAGAGGGAACACCCUUUGAAGAUGGAACCUUUAAACUCACUAUCGAGUUCACAGAAGAGUAUCCAAAUAAACCCCCAACAGUGCGUUUUGUCUCCAAAAUGUUUCAUCCAAAUGUUUAUGCCGAUGGCAGCAUAUGUUUAGACAUUCUACAGAAUCGCUGGAGUCCAACUUAUGAUGUUUCUUCAAUAUUAACUUCAAUACAGUCUUUACUGGAUGAGCCCAAUCCAAACAGCCCGGCCAACAGCCAGGCCGCCCAGCUGUACCAGGAGAACAAGCGGGAGUACGAGAAGAGGGUGUCGGCUAUUGUCGAGCAGAGUUGGCGUGAUUGUUGACACGUGUGUUUGUUUGCAAAGUAUAAAAAAAAAUGUCCGCCACAAGAGUAAAGACUACACAGAUCAUGUGAUGAAAAACGAUCAUACACACAAUCUGACAGUUUUCUAAUGUGUCUGUCCCAUAGUUGUAUAAUGUCGUGUUGUGGCAUCGCAUUCUGCAGAUGCUGUUGUUGGGCGGUAGCAUGUUAAAGUAAAUGUACCUGGUUAGAUCUGGGUAACUUCUUCGAUGCACCAAAUUUUCCCUUCACCUCCAAACAAAACAUUUUUCUGAGUCACCCACCAAGGUUGGGCCACCAUGAUUGACACUUGUACUUAAGCUUAAGUGUGGAUUGCAGUUGCAGUGUCAAAACAUACAUUUAUAUUUGUAUUUUUAGAGGAUGUUACCAUGUGUUCAAUAUUAUGUUUCUUUUUAGCAUUUUUGAAUACCUUUUGAAGAAAAUGUAUGAUGGGUUACUAGAAAAUGUGCGAUGGGUCUGCGUGUGACAGACGGUGUGCUGGUGCUGACAUCCAUCUCUUACAAUCAAUGCCUUUGAGAUAUGCAGGCUGGAUUUCUAGUUACUGGCUCUAGACUACAUGUUCAAGCCAUGCCUUUUACUAUAUACAUUUUCUUUACUUGACUAUCCAGACAUGUUAAGGAUUGAAUUAUGUGCCCUUUCCAGGCACUUGGGUUGAGUGUUAUGCUACCCCUUCACAACAAAUAAACUCAAACUGACUCGACUUCCUGAACAUUGGUAUCUUUCGUAGAUGCGGUCUUCAGUUUAACUUUCCGCUAGUAGGAUGUAACAAAAUAUUUAUCUUGUAGAUAAAAUUAACAAGCCGUUUUCGUCAUGGCCCUUUAAGUUCCUUUUGAGAAAAUCUACGUCUCAACGUUUAGUUGGUUUCCGGUUUAAUUUAUUCAAUCACAUGUAAAACAAGCAGACAUUCACACAAAUGAAACACCAGACAGUUAACAAGAUCACAGCUUUCACAAUUCCAUGUGAAGAUAGUUUAACACGUAGCUUUCAAUUGAAAAUACACAUUGCCAGUGCUAUUUUGAAUUUGAGUUCUAUCAACGUAAGAUUGGGCAUAUAGUUUUCUUCGCUGUCAUGGUACUUAACAUGUAGUUGCAUAUUCUGCUACAGUGAAAGUUAUUGAGGGGAAAAAAAGAAGGGUUUCUGGCCAAAUUUCAGCGAUGUUUAAUGAACAAAUAA